GAAAAUUAUGCAUCAAUUUAAAGGGCAAAGGGGACUUUUAAUGUAUUGAAACGAUAUUUUCAAAGAGGCGACUCCGAUUGUCACCUAAUAGUUAUAGCGGUGUUUUUCUAAAUAGCAGCAAACCAUGCAAAGAACAGUUUUUGUAUGUCAAUUUAAACAUAGUUUGCUGUAAGCUUGCUUAAUACGGGGCGAGCGUUAGUUUUUACACCUGACUGUGUGUUAUCCAGACAGGUAGCAGUUUACUUGCAACAGUAAAAUACUUCAUUGCAACAGGGUACAAAUAGCAAAUGUUUCAAGGACAGAAACCAGCCAGUUGACUGAAGACACAGUGUGUACCCUGGCACUGUCUAAAAUGCUUUCAUGCUUCAUAGUACAGACUGUACAUUUUUCUGCGACCCUCCGUGCUCCUCCUCUCAGACUGAGACACUGCAGGCGAUGGCAGGGCGUUGUGAUGAGUCAGCUGGGCAGCAAUGCCAGGAGAUCAUGCCUUCACACAGGGGUGCAGUCCUGGGGGGAACAGAUAGCCCCUGUCUUCACCAGAGCAGCAGGAUUCGGGGACAAGCUUGCGAUCGUGGAUGGUAAUGGGAGGCAUAGCUACCGGGACCUGUACAAGAGCAGCUUAGGUCUGGCUAGGCAGAUUCUGAAGGUGCUGAGCUGUGGGAGCGGAGAUCUCCAAGGAGAACGCAUUUCGUUUUUGUGUCCGAACGAUGCCUCCUAUGUUGUGGCGCAGUGGGCGUCUUGGAUGUGUGGGGGGAUCGCAGUACCCCUCUACAGGAAGCACCCUGCCUCCGAGCUGGAGUACGUCAUCCAGGAUUCGCAGAGCGCCCUGGUUAUUGAAAACAGUGCCUGCUCCAGCACACUGGGGCCCCUGGCUGAUAAACUAGGAGUCCCUUGCCUGCAGCUCCCUUCCACCCUGGGCAGUUUAAAAGCAGAGCAGGGGGACAGGGAGCCAAGUCCAACCAUCACAGAGUGGAAAGGGCGACCAGCCAUGAUAGUCUACACCAGUGGGACCACAGGGAGACCUAAAGGGGUCCUGACCACUCACAACAACAUCCAGGCUAUGAUUCAGUGCCUGGUAUCAGAGUGGGCCUGGACUCGCAAGGAUGUCAUCCUCCACACACUGCCCCUGCACCACGUCCACGGAAUCGUCAACAAGCUGCUCUGCCCGCUCUGGGUGGGCGCCACCUGCCUCAUGCUGCCCGACUUCCAGCCAGACAAGGUGUGGGAGCAGCUCCUGGCCUCUGGCUCCUCCGCAGCUCCUCGUGCCAACGUCUUCAUGGCCGUGCCCACAAUCUACUCCAAGUUGAUCCAGUACUACGAGUGUCACUUCACUCAGCCCCAUGUACAGGACUUUGUGAGGGCCAUCUGCCAAGAGAGAAUCAGGCUCAUGGUGUCGGGUUCCUCCGCCCUGCCCCAGCCUGUCCUGGAGAAGUGGGCACAGAUCACGGGUCACACCCUGCUGGAGAGAUAUGGCAUGACAGAAAUCGGUAUGGCACUGUCCAACCCACUCAGGGGACCCCGAGUACCAGGGUCGGUGGGCGUCCCUUUGCCUGGAGUUGAAGUGUGCAUCACCAUGGAGAAUCCCAGGAAAGACGGCACCUCCUAUACUGUCAUCGCUGAGGGAAACAACAAGGAGACCCGGGUGAGCCCUGGCCUGGCGGAGAAAGAGGGAGAGCUGCUGGUGAGGGGGCCCUCUGUCUUCCAGGAGUAUUGGAACAGACCGAAGGAAACCAGAGAUGCCUUCACUGAAGAUGGCUGGUUUAAAACAGACCUGUCUCCCCCUGCCUGCUGCAGGGGACACUGCAGUCUACAAGAAUGGUGUUUACUGGAUCAUGGGGCGCACCUCUGUGGACAUCAUAAAGAGUGGGGGCUACAAAAUCAGCGCACUGGAGGUAGAGAGAUACCUACUGGCGCACCCUCAUAUUUCAGACGUGGCAGUGAUUGGGGCCCCCGACGCGACCUGGGGUCAGCGAGUGACAGCUGUGGUGGAGCUGAGGCAGGGAAGGAGCCUGUCACUACAGGAGCUGAAGACCUGGGCCCGGGAGCACAUGACGUCCUACACCAUCCCGACAGGGCUCAUCCUUGUGGAGGGGAUGCCAAGGAACCAAAUGGGCAAAGUCAACAAGAAGGAACUGCUCAAACGCUUCUACCCUGGCUAGUGCCAGCGCAUCUGCUGCUGAGGUCACUUCCUGCAGGGAUCCUGACAUUCAAAAUAAGUGUGGGAAGGAGACCAACAGCUCCAUCUAGUGGUUACUGCUGUUCAGAGGGUCAAUUACCGCUUAUUAAACCAGUGUGACAAGGUCAGACCCAGUGUCGUAAUCAUCCCACCACGUUGAACCGAAAAGAAAAUUCAAAGCUCAAACCCAAAACAUUGGAGACUGACAUUAGAAUGAACUAGUAGACAUUUCAGAAAUUCAACUGCAGUUAUAUACUUGAUUUAUUAUUUGUUUAUUUAGCAGACACCUUUAUCCAAGGCGACUUACAGAGACUAGAGUGUGUGAACUAUGCAUCAGCUGCAGAGUCACUUACAAUUACGUCUCACCCACAAGACGGAGCACAAGGAGGUUAAGUGACUUGCUCAGGGUCACACAAGGAGUCAGUGGCUGAGGUGGGAUUUGAACUGGGGACCUCCUGGUUACAACCCCUUUUCUUUAACCACUGGACCACACAGCCACCUUUAUAUCAAAUCAAAUCAUAUCAAGUUUCUAGUGUACCUCAAGUCCUGUAAUGCCUCAGGGAAGGAUGCAGCCCAUAAUAGUGACUGUUGCUGUUAUACCAUGUACCACUGGCAGGGUAAAAAGGUCACACUUAGCCAUGCAUCUGAAAUGACCAGGUGCCAGAUAUUUGAGCAUUCAGGCCUCUGCUAAAUCUACACUGCUGAUUGCACUAAAUACAGUAUGAUUAAGUCUCACCUGUAGGUUCAUGCAGCUGUAGAGGUGGAACUGUUGGAGCCUGACAGCACCAGCUGAAUAGGCCUGAUUUGAGGGACUUUUUGGAUCUGUGGUGUGAGUUUUGGAAAAAAUAAACAAAGAAAAAUCAAA